AUGAUGACAUCGGCACCCACAAUACUUGCGACGUGCAAACAGACGCGAUUUCAUCUUCUUGAUGAAAAUCCGUCGAAUGAGGUUGACGUAGAGGGUCUCUUUAUCACCAUCGCCUCGAAUGUGCCCGAGAGUGCAGAUGAUCCCGCCAAAGCCAAAGCCAAGGCAAAGUCGAAGAGCAAGACAACAGGAAAAGAGCUCAUAUCAGACGCGCAUCUGCGUCUGAAAGGCGGCAUCCACUAUGGCCUACUGGGCCGUAAUGGAACGGGAAAGUCAACACUAUUGAGGGCAAUGGCAGACAAGCUCAUUCCCGGCAUUCCACACGUGAGCCGGAUUGCAAUCCUCCAGCAAACCGGAGUGGACGAUGAGUCCGGAGGCUAUGGAAAGCUACGGUUGGACAAGACUGUUCUGGAUGCCGUGUUGAGUAGCGACGAGUCAAAGAAUGAGAUCACGCGCACAGCCGAGGUCCUUUCCAAAAGCUUUGAUAGCGAGGACCCGCUAGCACCAGUCAAAGCGAUUCGUCAGGUCCAGCACCAGCAGGCAGAAAGGGAUCUAUUCCUUGCCAACAAGAACGCCAACCUGAAAAGUGGCGCAAGAGGAUUUCAGGCCAGAAAAGACUUGAAAGUAGCCGAAGAAAAAUUGGAUACGGCACGCGAGCGUAUCGACCAUUUAACAAGACUAGCACAGGAUGCCGAGACAAUUGAUGCCGAGACCGUCCAAGAGGACACACAGGCUGCAGCCGAGGCAAUGCAGAAUCUACAGUCACAGCUUGAAGAUGCAAAGAUGGAAAAAGAAGCUCGCAAAAUCCUGAUCGGUCUUGGAUUCAAAGAAGAGAACCUCACUAAGAAGGUUUCCACCCUCUCAGGUGGAUGGCGCAUGCGAUGCAUGCUCGCCAGCGUGUUGAUUCAAACGCCAGAUAUCAUGAUCCUGGACGAACCGACCAACUACCUGGACCUGCUCGGGGUGAUCUGGCUUGAAAAGUAUCUUCAAGAGCUACGCGAGAGGUCCGAGACGACAGUGCUUCUGGUUUCGCACGAUCGUGACUUUAUCAACGCCGUCUGCGAGGAGAUUGUGAUCGUACGAGAACAGAAACUCACAUAUUUCCGAGGUAAUCUAGCCGCCUACGAGCAAGACUUCGAAGAGCAAAAAUUGCGCUGGGGUCGCAUGAAGGAGGCACAAGAGCGACAGGUUGCCCAUAUGGAAGCGAGCAUUCGUGAGAAUUUGAAAAUAGGGAAAAAGACCAACGACGACAACAAGCUUCGACAAGCCAAGUCUCGGCAAAAGAAAGUGGAUGAUCGAAUGGGCCUGCAGGUCAAUGCCAACGGUCACCGGUUCAAGCUCAAUCGUGACCUUGUUGGAUACCACCUGACCAGCCGUGCGGAAAUCGAUGUGCCCCAAGAUGAAAAGGGGGCAGUCAUGGCGAUUCCCGAGGUCACCGAACUGCGAUUUCCGGGGCCCCUGGUCUCUCUCGAAGGGGUCACCUUCAAAUAUCGUGGGAAUGAUCGAGUCAUUCUCGAUGACAUCAACCUCGUAGUCCAUAUUGGAGAUCGAGUGGGCAUCAUGGGCUUGAAUGGAUGUGGCAAAACCACGUUGGUUCGCAUCCUGAAUGGUCAAAUGUCUCCCUCUCGAGGAAAAGUCACCACCCACCCUCGACUGAAAGUGGGACACUAUGGACAGCACUCGGUCGAAGAGUUACAGGAGAAAGGCCGCGAUGAGCCCAGUCUCACAGCGCUGGGACUCAUGAUGGCCGAGACAGAAGGGAGCCUGAACGAAGGUGCUGUUCGCGGCCUACUCUCAUCCAUGGGCCUGGCCGGUCGCAUCGCCUCCGACGUUCCUGUGGCCAAAUUGUCCGGUGGUCAACUUGUACGGCUGGCGCUGGCACGCAUCGUUUGGAGCUGUCCACAGUUGUUGAUUUUGGAUGAAAUCACCACGCACCUGGAUUUCCAUACAGUCACGGCGCUGGCUACAGCUCUGUCCUCGUUCAACGGAGCCAUCAUCCUGGUUUCCCACGACCGAUUCCUCACACGUUCGGUCAUCGAGGGGAAACGUGACACCGAACACAAGCUCGACGAGGAAUUCGAGGGACUCGAAGAGGAGGAGGACUCCCCCGAAACGAAUCCCCGUCGCCGAUCCGUGUACGUGCUGAAGGCGGGCAAAUUGAGCGAGCAGGCCAAUGGUGUGGAGCAGUUUGAGAAGAGCUUGGUCAAGCGUGUGCAGAAACUGCUUACUACUCGCUGA